CGAAACUUUUCGUCAAGCUGUAACUCAGCAUCACGAAAACCAUGGGAGACGUGCAGGCGAAGCUGCAGGAGCUUUCUGACGGCUACCAGAGCCUACAAGGAGACCUCUCUACUGCAGUCGAAGCACGCCAGAAGCUCGAGUCGCAGCAGCAGGAGAAUGCCACAGUCAAAAAGGAGUUCGAUAUCCUCGAUGAUGAUGCGAACAUCUACAAGCAAAUCGGACCAGUACUCUUGAAGCAAGACAAGACGGAGGCCGUCAUGGCAGUCAAUGGCCGCUUAGAGUUUAUCGAUAAAGAGAUCAAGCGGUUCGAAAAACAGAUCAAGGAGAUCCAGGACAAGAGUGAGAAGACGAAGAUGGAGAUAAUUCAGAUACAGUCAUCGGCACAACAAGCACAACAGGCAGUAGCAGCAUCAUGAGUAUGGCGAGAUGAUAGAGUGAAAAUGAUAUCCCCUGUUCAACGUCUUCUCUCAUCUACAUAAAAGUUCCUCAACCGACUAACUUACUUUCAAACUACGUCACGGGCAGAUAAUAUCGCCAUGGACGGUAAUACUUGGUUGCAAUUGAUCUUGAGGUUGGGCCAAAGAUGAGGGUCAAGGACUCACGGAAAGGGAUAGAAACAAGGUUGGAUCCACGUGCGUAUAAGAGGGCACCGUAAACGGCAGAGUGUUAUAAAACCAUUGUUUUAGGCAAGUCAAUAGGGAUUUGAUGGCUAGCCUACCUAAAAAGUAAGCAGGAUAUGGCCAGCAACCAUUUCGGCACGGCUGCUCUCGCUGUCUGG